AUGGCACCCAACAUUGCUCUUCAACGUGCUCGUUCGCCAAGCAGCGGCCGUCGCGGACAACUUCUUCUUCCUGCAAUUCUUCAACACAUCCAAGACGCACGCAACAAAUCAAACUCGCCCACACCCGAUUCCAUCAACAGCUCUAUCAGCAUGUCAUCAUCCAUCGACCUUACUGAUCUUUCGAAUGCACUCGAAUCGCCUGUCACAUCCAACCAACACAAGGAAAUGGCCAAGGCUAGAGGAGUCCGGUUCAACAACAGAGUCAGCAUUGUCGAGAUCCCAGCNCCCGAACAGAUACAAGGCCAUCGCGUCAAUUUCAGCGAAGAAGUCGUCGACAUCGACACAGCCGAACCCACACAUCCAUCUCCAUCGCCUAGCCCUCCUAAGAAGCGUGUCCGCUUUGGCUGUCUCAAGACCAGCGUGCGCAAGUAUCUCUCGCACACAUCCAUCUACAAGAUGAAGAACUUUGAGACCAUCAGUCCCCUCAUGACGCCCAAGAAGAGAGUCCGCUUUGGCUGCAUGAAGUGCGAAGCUCCAGUCAUCACUCACACAAACGCCGAAGUGACUGAGCUGCUGGCCGAGGAAGCUGCCACUUUCAAGCGCGAAAAGAGAAGAGGCUCGAAUUUGGACGCUGACAGUGAGAUGUCUGAUCAGACGUCUUGCUCCGAAGACGUCGAGGCCACUGCCCGUCUGCAACUAGCCACGCAUGCACAGCGUGCCAGAUAUUCGAUAACACCCGUCCGGACUGCCGACAUGGCGCACCUCGCCGAGAAGCUCAAACAACAAGGCAACGAUUUAUUCAAGGCAGGUGACUACGCAGCAGCAGAGGAACAAUACACGGCCGCAAUCACAAAGUUCUCGCGCAACCCUCUACUCUUCACCAACCGUGCACUCGCUCGCAUCCGUCUGCAAAGAUGGCAGGGCGUCAUCGACGACUGCCUCCACAGCAUCAGCCUAACACCACACAAUGGCUUCAACUUCAAGUCCUACUUCUACCUCGCUCAGGCCCAACUUGCUCUUCAUCAUCCCAAUGAAGCUCUGUCUUCGGCUCUGACCGCAUACAACCAAGCUAUGCACCCUCCUCCCGCCGAAGCAAACAAAGCCACUGCCGCCCUACCCUCCCUCUCCGAACUAGUCCUCAAAUGCAAGAAAGACAAGUUUGCAGCACGCGAACGCGAUCGCAGACGCAAAAGAGGCGACAUACUCGCCGAACUAGAAGAAUCCCUCGAAUACAACAAACGCUCCGAACUCCAACAAAUCGAGCGCUCGCUCUCAACCUCCAACAUCGGUGUCGUGGAAGCCCAAGAACGCAGACAAGAAAUCCUAGACACACACCAAAAGAAAAUCGACGAACUGAAGACUGUGUUUGCGUUGGCGGAUCCCGAGAAUCAUCAGCCUAGGGAGGUUCCUGAUUACUUGGUCGACACGAUCAGUUUUGAAAUCAUGCAUGAUCCGGUUAUUACGGGGACGGGACAUAGCUAUGAGAGAGCGACGUUGUUGGAGCAUCUAAAGACUAAUCCUACAGACCCGUUGACGAGAGAGCCUUUGACGGCCAAAGACUUGCGGCCUAAUGUUGCUUUGAGGCAGGUGCUCGAGGAGUUUUGGAAGACGGCGGGGACUUGGGCUAUUGAUUGGUGA